GAGCUCUAGCCUCCAGGCAGGCACGUUUCAGCAAACCCUCGUUUUCUCACCAUUUUCUUCUGCAGCGCCUGAUCCCUUUUUGUUGUACUUGAAGGCGACUGUGGAAGACAUUUCCCGGAGUCCAGCUUUUUACACAAGUCAUUCACGCGCGAAGUUGAACGGCCUCAGCGUCUGUCGACACUGCAGCCAUGUCUGGCCGACGCGACUUCCUGAACCAGCCUGCGCCGGAGAACUACGUCGCUGGUCUUGGUCGUGGUGCUACUGGUUUCACGACAAGAUCCGACUUAGGACCGGCCCGAGAAGGUCCAUCAGAGGACCAGAUCAAAGAAGCGCUUGCGAAGCGCGCGGCACAGCUUGGUUUCGGUGACGCGAUAAAAAAGGACGACAAGAACGACGACAAUGACGAGCGGUAUCAAGAUCCCGACAACGAGGUCGGUCUCUUUGCCGGCGGUAUCUACGACAAAGACGACGAUGAGGCGGAUCGCAUAUAUCGAGAGAUAGACGAGAAGAUGGAUCGGCGGCGGAAGGCCAGAAGGGAAGCCCGUGAACAAGCGGAACGCGAAGAAUACGAACGCCAGAACCCCAAGAUUGCCCACCAAUUCGCCGAUCUCAAGCGCGGACUUGAAGGCAUCACCGAGGAUGAAUGGGCAGCGAUUCCCGAAGUCGGCGAUCUCACCGGCAAGAACAGGCGAAACAAGCAGGCCCGGCAACAACGCUUUUAUGCUGUGCCCGAUAGCGUGCUUGCUGCCGCUGGGAGCGCGGGAGAACUCGGCACCACGAUUGCCGACGACGGCGCGGCGACAAACGGGAGCUCCGAAGCUAGCGAUGGGACGAUGACCAACUUCGCCAAGAUUGGAGAGGCCAGAGACAAAGUGCUUCAAGUCAGGCUGGACCAAGCCUCGCAAAGCGGCACGAGCACAGUGUCGGGAAGUGCUACCAGUGUCGACCCCAAAGGCUAUCUGACCAGCCUUACCAGCUCGAGUCUUCCACAGAGUGCCGCGCAGGUCGGAGAUAUCAACCGUGCUAGAGAACUGCUCGAAUCAGUCAUCAAGACCAACCCAAAUAAUGCGCCGGGCUGGAUCGCGGCUGCUCGCCUUGAAGAACUGGCUGGGAAGACUGUGGCUGCACGGAACGUUAUUGCGCGUGGAUGCGAAAAGUGUCCUCGGAACGAGGAUGUCUGGUUGGAAAACAUUCGCCUCAAUGAUGCACGAAACGCCAAGAUCAUUGCGGCCAACGCCAUCAGCAAAAACAAUCGCUCUGUAAGGUUGUGGGUACAAGCCAUGAGUUUGGAGACCGAGCCGAGAUCCAAAAAGCGCGUCAUACGACAAGCACUCGAUCAUAUCCCGGAAUCUGAAGCACUGUGGAAGGAAGCUGUCAACUUGGAGGAAGACCCAGCCGAUGCCCGCUUGUUGCUAGCCAAGGCCACUGAGCUCAUUCCGCUCUCUGUGGACCUAUGGCUUGCACUGGCGCACCUGGAAACGCCAGAAAAGGCACAAGUUGUGCUCAACAAAGCUCGCAAGCACUGCCCUACGUCACACGAGAUCUGGAUCGCCGCCGCAAGACUCCAGGAGCAGCUCGCCGACGAAAGCAAAGUCAAUUUGCUCAUGAAGCGUGCAAUCACGAUGCUGGCAAAGGAGUCUGCCAUGCCAAAACGAGAGAACUGGAUUGGAGAGGCCGAAAAGUGCGAGGCCGAAGGUGCCAUCAUGACGUGCAACGCCAUUGUUCGCGAAACACUAGGAUGGGGACUUGACGAAGACGAUGACCGGAAAGACAUAUGGCUCGAGGAUGCUCGUGGGAGUAUCAACCGGGGCAAUUACCAGACAGCCAGAGCGAUCUAUGCUUAUGCCCUCCGGGUGUUCGCAACCAGUCGAACAGUGUGGCUCGCGGCUAUUGACCUGGAGCGCGCACACGGCUCGAUGGAAGAAUUGUGUCAGGCCUUGGAAAAGGCUGUGAAUGCCUGCCCACGCAGUGAGGAGAUGUGGAUGAUGCUGGCAAAGGAGAAAUGGAUGGCUGGUGAGGUCGACAGCGCCCGUCUGGUUCUGGCGCGUGCCUUCCAGCAGAACCCCAACAGCGAGGAUCUCUGGCUUGCGGCCGUCAAGCUUGAGGCGGAGAACGACCAACAAGACCACGCGCGCAAGCUGCUCGCCGAUGCGCGGCAGGAGGCCCCUACAGAUCGGGUCUGGAUGAAGAGUGCUGCUUUCGAGCGGCAACUGGGCAAUUUGGACACAGCAUUGGACCUUGUGCAACAAGCACUGAACCUCUUCCCCAGUGCUGCCAAGCUCUGGAUGAUGAAGGGUCAGAUCUACGAAGACAUCGGCAAGCCCUUACAGGCUCGCGAGGCGUACGGCACUGGUGUGAAAGCGGUGCCGUCAUCAGUACCUCUAUGGCUGCUGUACUCACGGUUGGAAGAGAAGCUCGGACAGCUGCCGAAAGCACGCUCUGUCCUCGACCGAGCGCGACUGGCUGUUCCAAAGUCUGCAGAGCUGUGGUGCGAAUCUGUGCGGGUUGAGCGGCGAGCACAGAACAUGAAGCAGGCCGAGACCCUGAUGGAGCGGGCUCUGCGUGAUGUUCCCAAGCCAAACCAGGGCAUUCUGUGGAGUGAGAAGAUCUGGCAUCUGACACCCCGGCCGCAACGCAAGAAUAAGGCGCUCGAGGGCAUCAAGGAGGUUGACAGUGACCCUGCGCUGCUCACCGCCGUCGGACGGAUCUUUUGGGGCGAGCGAAGGCUGGAGAAGGCACUGACAUGGUUUGAGAAGGCACUUGUGAGGGACGCGGACCUCGGCGACACGUGGGCGUGGUAUUACAAGUUCCUUCUUGAGCACGGCACAGAAGAGAAGAGGGCCGAGGUUAUCAGCAAGUGUGUGAGUGUCGAGCCUCGUCAUGGCGAGACAUGGCAGGCCGUGGCCAAGGAUCCCAAGAAUGCACGCAAAGGGCCCGAGGAGCUGCUCAAGCUUGUCGCUGCCGAGCUCAGGUAGUCUAGUCGUUCAGCUACAACGUUGCUGGAGCGACGUGCAUUCUUUGAGAUAUUGCACGUAGCAUGCAACGAGGGGCCAUCUAGCUACCAUAUUGUAAAUAAUGAGAAGACAACAUACCUGCGAGACAGCAGUAUUCCUGGGUCUUGAAGACGAGACGCUCUGGCUCUUUGAGGGCGAGCCGAGAUGAAUGACACGUAUAAAGCACAGAACA